AUGGCUUUGCCGGCAAAUGCCCAAGAAGGUAGCGGCACAGCUGAAGGCAAAUAUUUAGAAAGUGAGAAAGACAGUGCUACUGUAUGUACUUGGCAAGCCAAGUUAAGAGGAUCAACGAACAAGUUUGUUGGCUAUGUUGGAUCAGUUGAGGAAGCCAUGACUGUAAUAAGACAAUAUGAACUGGAAACAACAACAAAAUUCUCUUGUUUUAAAUCAGACAAAAUGUUUGGUGCUGGAGGUAAGAUAAUUAUGAAGCAACAAAAUAAAUAUGCACUUAUCAACUGAAAGCCGACCCCCCACCCCCGGGCCAAGGUGGGGGAACAAAGGGUGUUUGAUAAAAUUUGACAGCAUGUUUUGCCGUUGGGGGCGGGGGAUUUAUCAAGAUUUGCCAUGUUCUAUUUUUCUCCUACAGGACUGUAGGUGGGGGCUUUAAAAGUUUAAGUGCCCCCUCAUGGGGGUUAAUCACCAUUGUAGUUGACAUGAAGUCAAAUCCCCACCCUGUCCUGGGGGUGGGGGAGGGGGUAUUUCAGUUGAUAAGUGCAUAAACAAUAAGUUGGUCAUAAAAAAUUAUUGAAUGUGAUUGGUUAUCAGCAGCUAUGAUUUUAGCAGAGCAGUGUAACAUAAUAGGGUUAAGAAUGCUGGAGUAGAAUGUGGUGUAGCUUGCACACCAGAUUACAAUCAAAAGAUUAUAAUAAACAAUGCUCUAACAAUGCUCUAAUGCUCCAAAACACUAACCCUUUGACAUUCUGGCUGCCCAGCAUAGUAAUUUUGGGCAAAAACUAAGAUUGCCUUCUUGCCAAAAAGCAACAGUAAGUCAUCACCAGGGGCCUCUGAGGACUGCUAGAGUACAGCCCUAAUAAACAUAAUACAGACUUUCCUUGUUUCUAUGACACAGAUCCCUUUGCCAAGCAAAGAAAAGUCUAUUUCAAAGAUGACAAAAUUCCAUUUGAUGGAGUACCAUUCAGUAUAAUUGGAACCAAGGUAUUUGACUGCCAACAUGGACCAGACAGGAAAAAGUCAUUUAACGCGAGACAUUCUGAAGAGAAGGUAUGUUGGUUAUGACUAAAAAAUAUCUGCAUUUUUAUUUCACAGCAAAGGCCUUUUUGGUGCUUUUAGCACUAAACUGUAAGGAAUCUAUAAUAUUAAUCUUCUAACUACAGGUUGAUGAUCACUCAUUCAAAAGGAGGAGGUUUCUACCUCAAGACACAAUGAAGUUUGGCUGCCCUGCAAGUAUUCAUUUACCAGAAGUCAUAAAGUAUUGCAAUUACAAGGUACAAAACCACCAUCACAAUAGUGAUAAUAGCAAUUGACAUUAUACUUCCGCUCAGUAAAAUACAUCCCUUCAUUUCAUAACUUAUUACUGUCUUUUAACUCUAUUAGAUCAGGGAUGACACAGAAAGACUAAGAAGGGACAUGUCCAAAAAGCUGAAGACUGAUAUAACCAGCGGACAGAAACCCCAAGUGGAACGCAGAAUUUAUAUCCAAUUACCAAAGGAGGAUGAACACAAAGAUCACAUCACUGGAGAGGUCUGUUGAUGUCAAUGGAAAGAACUGGGACACUACCUUAACUUGAGAACAAUAAUAUUAACUUUUGUUUUUGCCUCUUUUUGUUUGAGUAAUAGUUGAAGGCUUAGGGAAAAACACUUUGAAUGGGUGGAACAAGAGUUGAGUCAUUUUCAUAUAAACCUUCUAGUUUUUCAUGUAUAAAUCAUUAUGGUAAGUAAUACCUGUCCGAAACUAUAAUUAUUAUAGUUUCGGACAGGUAUUACUUUCCUAUGAAAAGGCAAGAAGGCAUGUGAAAGAAAGUCAAGUCAGACCUUCCACUCAAAGGCUAGGUCACAAAGUACAACAGGUGUAUGGGUGGCUACAUGCUAUGUAGUGUUAACAAUCAUAGCCUAGGUCUGUAAAUGAAGUAAUGAUCGUGAAAAAAGGUCCAAGUAGUGUCUAGGACUAAAAUAGAAGCUGAUAAAAAAUAAACAAAAUUGUCUAGGAAUUAUUAUUUCAACUGAUUUGUUGCUAUUCUAUCCAAAUAAUUUGUUUUUUGAAUGUUGUUGUUGACAGAAGUGACAUUUCAUUCAUUACAUGUAAGUGUACAUUGUACCAGCAGUGCCUACAACUAUCAGCAUGGCUGUCAAAAUAUUUCUGUCAAAAAUGUAAUUCCAUUUUCAUUUUUCUCCUCAUGUAUCAAACAACCAGACUGGUGGCAUUCUGCAGCCCAUUGACAAACGGCUUGUGAACAAGAUUGGAGAGCUUGUUGGCGAAGGUGUGAAAACUGUGGACGAAAUGAAAAGACAUCUUAGGCAAUUCGUAAAAACUGAACUAUUUCCAGGGCAAUCUCCACCAGCAUCAACAAACAGGCGCUAUUAUCCAACAGAUGUGGACAUCAGGAACCACAUGUAUCAGGCAUCAGUAAAAAAAAUCCUGUCCAAAUCUGAUCAGGAAAACCUUGAAAAAAAAAAUUGA